AUGUCCAAUGAACCCGACAUCGAUCCAGGAGGUCCCCUGGAUGGGGACGAGCUCUUUGUCGAGCAAGUGGAUCCUUCCACAAGUGUAGAAGUUGUAGGUCAACCUUCAGUGGGAAUCCCUCAUUACAUGGUCGCCGAAGAUAGUGUUUGGGUCCAGCCUUUAUCUGACAUUAUAUAUCAGGAAGAUAUUGCCACUUCAUUUGAAGAUAUCCAAUAUGAAGGAUUAGAGACUGUUAAUCAGCAGAUACUUUCGACGGGCGAGGAAGUUUACCUGAUGCCUGAUGAAGAACGCGACUUCAAUGAGUUAACCGAGUCCGUGGAAAGUCUCCAAGUGGCCGCGCACGAAGUUGUUGUCGAUGAAAUGAUGCAACCGCAAGUUGAACCCACCGAAUACGCUCACAGUCUACCCAGACAAGUUGUUCGGGGCAUGCCCACUUACGUACGAACUAUCCCUCAACAUGCUGUACGACCAGCUCCGUCACAAAUUGUGACCAUGCCGGGUACUAACAGAGUGCGAUACAUUGUUCAACAAACACCUCAAGCCUAUGAAGUGCCACAAAAUCAGCACGUACAGUACGAGAUGAGGCCAAAGGCUAUGUUCGAGGGGCCGUCAAAUCAGGCGGUUAUACCUGUACAGCGGCCUGUACCCACAGUUCGAUCACGGUCGAAGUCGCAGCCGCGACGGCCACUGUUUGGAGAUUUGGAAGACGAUUCGUUAGCGUAUCUCGUGCAGGAAUACGAUGAAGGCGAAUGGGAUGGUGUUGAACUGGAGGACCAUGAAUAUUUCGUUGGAGAAAGAGCAGCAAUUAUGGCAGAAGAGGAUGAAGUUGGAAGUUCGAAUGUGCCUGCGGUUAAAAUGCAACAACGGCCGUAUUUUCCGCCAAAUCUUUCCCCAACUGAAAAGAAGGAAUACCUAUUUGUUAAUUACAAAAAAGCAUGUGAACGAUAUUUUCCGUUCGCGAAUGUUGCAAUGCUCGAAGCGGAUACUAUAUACAAACCGGUCGAAGCGUUUGCAAGUGAUUUAUAUCGAUUUCAUUCUCGAGGUGCUCAUAUUCACGGGUUUUUUCGGACUGUGAUUGAUACACGGGACCCUCCUAGUCAUGAUCAAACCAGGUAUAUCCAGGAUAUUCAAUUUGGCAAAGUCUUCCCUUUGUUCCCCGAUUACGAAGAAUGGGACGACAAGAUGAGGGAUGAAUUCCGCCAGUUAACUAGUCGUUUAUUACGGGUAUUCGAAAGAAAAUACUUUUAUGCCAACGCUGGAAUUGGCCACGGUCAAGCACCUGUUGUUAAACGUGGACCAAAACCGCAGCCAAAACCCCCUCCUGAUUAUGCUGAACAGCAGAAAAUAGGAGCAAAGAAUCCCAUCCCGAAAGGUUUUCAAGCUGUUAGAGCUACCACUAAUCAAUCCAGGAUAGGUACAACAAAACCUAUAUCACAGGCAACUGUUAUUUCUCAACCUAUCGCUGCAGCAACCAGGUUAACACCGUUAACUGGGUUACCGUCUAUGAGUGAGCCUGUGGCCGUCCCAGAUGAAGUAGGUGCAGCUCGAGUGGAUGCUUUUGAACACAAUAAGCGGGCCGAUGUGAAACGUAUUGUGAACGAUGCUUUCGCAGCUCGUGAACAAGGAAGUUCCCAUUAUAUUGAAUACGAAGCGGAACCGUCGGAUCCACGGACGUUCAUGUGUCGAGCGCCUCCAGGACCGUCUAAGACUGUUCGGCAUCAGAGGUCGAUGGGAAGCAAGGCUAUGCGCAUGAUUCAUAACCGAACAAUUGAACCGACUAUUGAUCCUGUUUCUGGGAGAUAUGUUGUCUCCUUGGAUGAAAUCAGGAGUCAACCCCAUGUUCCGACUGCGGCCGAAUUGGCAAGAUAUGUUCCACGACCUGUCCACACUCUUCGUGAGAUGGCUGAUUCUGCCAGGAGAGGAGGCUACACUACUCAAGCGAUAGUGCGACCGCAAGGAGCACGUGUUUCUAGGAUAGAUCAAGCUCCACGGUUCAGCUACAAUGCUGGUUCCUCUAUAGCUGCAUCACAACCGCACCAUUUAUCCAACAAUUCUGCGAUAGGCAGAGCACCUAUUCUCCGUAGUAUUGCUGGAUCAACAAUUGCGAGUUCGACAGAAGUCCCAACUGGGAACGCGGUACCUUUUCAGGGAUCCGUAAGUCGCAAUGAGCAUGUUUACCCGAGAAGUCAUUCAUCGGGUCGUAAUGCUCAACCGCCUGUUUCAAGUUAUCGAAGAAGCGCUUCAAGCGGUAGACCGGCAGAAACAAGCCUAGCAUCAACCGUAACAUCACGGCCGAAAGACUUUGAUGCCGAACCGUAUAUAGAUGUUGACGAUGAGUCGGAAUUCACCGAAGUUCCCUCAGCUGACAACCAAGUAACCAUCACAGAUAACCUAGCUUCCUCAAAACCCCGUGACAGAAGUGAGCCAGCAUUAAUGGCGGUUUCCAGCCAACCGAGGGCGCAUGAAUCUGACCAGAAUACAGCACCCGCAAACGCAUCAACAAUAUCAUCGUCGACAUCUGACGGUAGAAACCAGAAAAGAACCGUUGUAUUACGAGAUGAAAAGGGUCGUCUGCGAAGGGGGAUUAAGCUACCUGAUGGAACUAUUUUACUUAGAGUGAUUGAUGAUAAGAUGGGACCAGAACCUAAACCUCGUGAACCAACUGCUGGUGGAGUGUAUGCAAUGCACUCAAUGGGUCGUAAGGAUGACAAGAAAGUGGUUAGACGAGUAGAUCAACAGUGGAAACGAAUCCAAGCGCCUGUCACACCGUGGACUCAUCCCUCUGAAGAAUUUAUGUCAGCGGAUGCACACGCAGCGGAUUCGUUGCCAUCUAACAAGAACAGAAACAGGCGCAAAGAUUUGAUCCAAACAGAAGACGACGAUGAUAUUGUACUAAUUACGGAGACACGGCAAAGUAGAUCGACAAAGAAGAGCGAGAACUCUUCAAAGAAGCGCGGCAGGAGGUCCAAAAUUGAACUGGAAUCUGAGGGAGUGACUGCGCCUAGAUCGAGAUCUCAGCGUCGACCGAAAUAUUUAACUCGCCACUGUCCAGUAAGCGAAGCAGUACCUCAUCGAGCUGUCUCGUUAUCAGAAGAAAAGCGACAGACCUUUCUUCGUAACCGUCUUCUUAAACAGGAGGAGGAGGAUGCGGAAAACAUAUUCAUUGAUGUCGUGUCGGUUGACAGUUCGAUCGAAGAUAGCGUUCGUGAUUUGAUCGCAUCGGUUCCUCCACCUUCUCAAGGAUCAAACGAUUUUCAUGGUUUACAAGAAGGGAAUGAUUUACACAAUCAUGAUGCAAAUGACUUGUCACGUGAGAGAAAGAAGGCUGGACGUCCUCACAAGAAAUUUAGAGGUAGACUUGCCAAACAGAAACAAGCCAUUCGGGAUGCUGAAAUAGCCGAAAAAGUCGCAAUUAAGCAUCGUGAACUGCCUGUCCUUGAUUUGGCAUUAAAAGUAAUAGAUGAUCCAUCGGUUGAACUUCCGGUUGAAGCACCUAUUGUGAGCUUGGUUCUGGAUCCAACAAUUGCCAUUGAUGCUGCUUUGCUUCAUGAAGUUGGUGAAGUACUUAAGGAGGUUGUAGCAAAAGUUUCACUGGAGGAACUUGAACCAAGGAGAGAUGUGAAAUCACGAUCUAGAAGGAAUUGGGAUUAUUUACCUGAACGCGUUCGUUCUAAAAGACAGGAGUACAAGAAUCUAAAUGUACCAGUUAGUGAAAGGAGUCCUCCACCACCUCCUCUGAAAAGCAAACCUAGAGGGCGAAAUUCGGAGAAGUAUCGUAAAGCGGCCGCGCUUGCUGAGUACCCACCGUCAGGUUCCGCAGCUAAUGAAGCAUCACAUCCAGAGGUUGCUUCUGCGUUACCAACACAACAUAUUUUGGAAGAUUUUUCCAUUCUCGAAUCAUCAGCACCGGACAUUGUCUCAUUCUUUGAAUCAGACCAUGGUCCUCAGCCGAAAUCUGUGCCUCAGGUGUCAAAUGAUGCGGAUCAAGGUCUUAGCCUAGAACAUGAUUCGGAACUUCAACUGAGCAAUAUUCUGCAAAGCAAAGAUGAUUUGGUCACACCUGUCAGUGAAGAAAGCGUGAACGACGAAGACCUUGUCGAUGUGAACGUCGACAAUUUCUUUUCCGAUGCCUUUACUACUUCGACUUCUGGUGAUGAAGAAGAAACACCAUCACAGAAACUUCAAAAAUGGCAGAAAUGCAUCAAUGAUGUCACUCUUCCGACACCGAACACCUCACCAACAAAAGUAAAACGACUCGCCGUUGACAAAUCGUGCGAAGAAGUUGAGCAAACCUCCGUAUCCUUCAACACCUUCGCUUCAACAAGCGUAUCCUUUGGUUUUGACAAUCUCUCCGUGAGCGCACGCGAACUCGGAGUUGAAAAUGUGGCUGCAAUGGUGGAAGAAGACCUUGCAAUUCAGGAUAGACGUGUAUCUGCAAUAGAAAAAGAACUAAUAGCAGAUGCUCUUCUUUUUGAAGCACAACGACAAGCACAGCAGUCUUCGUCAUCUCAGAGCUUCGCUGCUCCAGUCGUCGAAGGAGAUCGUUUAGAUAUUGCAGCAGAUGUGAACAUGGAUUUCUCGCCGCCUUCGAACAAACAAAAUGAAAGAGAGUCGUUGGCUUCUCACAUCUUGUAUAUAAACAGUGUGGAAACGACUGCUCUAGAUGCUCACUGGGAAGAGAAUUCCAUUGAGGAAAUAUUCGAAAUGAGUGGGAAAGGCGAAUUUGAGAAGACUGGGUGUACUUUGGCGAUAAUUGUACAAGAGAAUGCGACUUUGGGUUUGGUUGAUGCAAAUUUUUCGUUAUCGCCUGUAAGAAGUCCCUCCGACGGACUGCAGAUGGAAGAUUCGGCGGAACUGGGUGAACAUCGGGAAUGUACCAUCACCCUCCUGGAGCCACCCGUAGUAAUAUAUGAAAAGUAUUUGUUGGCUUGUUCUGCAAGAGAUUAUGCACUGGAAAAGAGCGGCCAAGAUGAUUCUGCUAGCACAUCUGUUUGUAUUUCUAUACCUCACGAAGAAGCUAGGGAGUUCUCCACGGUUGAUGUCCAUCAUUCUUUCUCUCGUGAAGAGCAAUCACAAGAAAGUGAGAAAUCGUUCGCUUUGAUUAGAACUGGAGAAGAGAUUAUUGAAACUCUGUCAAUCAGUAGUGUUACUGUCGCAGAUGAAGAUACUUCGCAAACACAUCCUGGUGAUUUCACCGAAUGCGGUCCAACUCCUCUAGUCUCGUCUCUAGAAGAUCUCGAAGCAGUCCAGCCUAUCUUUGAAGCUUUCCCAGUUUCACCUAAACCUAUAGAAAUUGUGCAGGAUUUUUUGGAAUCGGAGUACGUUACGGCCAGAGAUGUCGUGGAUUUCCUUAUCGAAUCAGUGGAACUUGAACUUCAGCGACUCCUUGCGGAAGAUGCUGUACGAGCUCGAACGGCAGAUACGUCUUUGAAUGACAACGUCCGAACUGCAUCCUGCUUUUUUCGUAGAAAAUUCCCUGAUGAAGAGAGUGGUGUUGAAUAUGAAGUGCCUCCUAAAAGAAAGAAAUCUGUCAGCAUUGAAAUUAGUCCGUCCAUAUGCUUUUAUGGAAUCGGUAACGAGUCAACAAACGAAUCUGAGGUGCUCGAUGUGCGGUUAACUGAAGCUACGCCUAAGCAGAGGACAAAGCGACGAGGAAGAAGAGGCAGGAAAACUGACAAAUCGGAACAGCAGCAGGUUAUUUCGUCCCUUCCUUCUCAGGUGUCCAGAGACGUAGUAGCUGCCGAGGUCAACUGCAUCUCAGAGUACCUUCGCAGCGGAGAUCAAAUCGAUGCUGGAUUUUCAUCAUUAACACAUCUCGAGUCGUCUUUCUAUGAUUCUCCGGAUUUGUUUGGUUUCGGAGAGGCUCGAGUGAAACGGCGAUCAAGAUCGAAGAAAGAGAAAAAACCAGUUCCUGUUCGAGGGGAAGUGAUUACAAGAUCGAAAGCCAGAGCUCUAGCUGCUGCUUCGGCAGACAAACCCAGAAUUGUGAUUCGAAUCAAGAAAUCCGCAAUUGGAGCAGUGGUUCACCGAAAAGAACCAGAUCGGAUCUUUGGCACAGAACUAGGAUUCUUUGGUCGUAAAUUGGCGAAUCUUAUCCAACAUCUCAAAGAGCGCCAAUUCCAAAUGUCAUUCCUCUUGUUGAAGGAAUUCAGACCACGGAUGAAAAGAAGUGCAGUCGAUAACAUUAAAUGUGUUCUACCUUCGGAUUCGGUCAUGUUCACUACAUCUCGUCACCGUAACCAUUUGAUAUCAGAUUUCAAUCUUACCAUGGUUAGACCGAGAAAUCCUGUCGUGAGAUGUGAUGCCGAUAUUGGUCCUUUGAUGGCUUCAAUGAAUCCAGUUUCUCCAAUUCGUUUGUCUCUUCCUCGUGCUGAAGGCAGCCUGGAACAUGCGGUCGAACAAUUCGAGAAGGGUAUUGGUUGUGUUCUGGAACAAGUCGACAAUGCAAGAACCAUUAUUGGGAAUCUUCGGGAUAAAAUGCAUUGGUCGCUUCACUUUCUGCUGGAUUCACAACUAUUCCUAUUGGACGUCCUCUACGAACUGUGGGGUUUUACAGCUCGAACAGUUCAGAUCGCUGUUUUCAGUGUCUAUCAGACAUGUUUAUGGGAAAAACAUAGCGAAUUGUUUGACGCACGUAUGUACUGUCUCCUUUUCGAAUUGAACGCAUCCGCUGCUCUUUCAUGUAAUAUAGACACAUGUGCGUCAUAUCUUCGAAGAUUUGAGGAGUGGUGCAGGAAGUCCAUCAACUGUACAUCUAUUUACAAUCAUGUUCACGGCAUGGCGCUAUCGGUGAUCAAACUCAUCGCUAUACCAGACGUGUUGAAGCGGUUACAACAAAUGACCCUCUGGGAUUCUAAAGCCCGACCGCCUAAAACAAGUGAAGAAGUAUUUUGUAUGGAUUUGGCUCCAUUUUUUCAAGUUGGAACAUGUCCAUUUAAAAAGGAGGACUUUGAUCUUGAAAAGUUGUUGAACGCUCGGAUGCACUUAGUCAAUUCACCUCUUGAAAACUUGGUUGGAUUUGGUGCUGCACAAGAUAACAACCGUUCGGAUGCGUUCUCGUUCCUUUUUCCAUCGCACGCUGUUGUUGAAUUGUGCCGGAAACAAAUCUUUAAUGAGAUCGAAUCCUUCUAUCGUACCCACGACAUUAAAUCUAUUGUUUCGCUUUCCAAUCGUGACCUAUAUGUGCUGUCACCUAUUGCUAGGGGAUAUUUUGUUUCUCGAGUCACUGAGUCUCGGGCACAAGGAUACAUGCGGAAUCAUAUAAUGAAUCUGGAGAAACUCAUUGAAAAGCUGAAUGGCGCAUACUCUGAUCUCAAAGCUAACGUCGAGAUGCAAAAUCAGGCAGAGUUCAACUAUCCAUGUGGACAAGUGGUGUUUGGUUUCGAAUGUGGUACUGUGAAUGUAUGCAUCAACAAACCAUUGCCUGAAUCAGUACCCCAACCAAGUACUGAAGAAAUUGAAGAAGCUCGGCGUAUUAUGGGAAAUGUCGUUGAUAAUACGAUAUUCCAUCCAACGACGAUCAACAUUCAUUCCGAUGAGUUGAGCUUAAAGAGUCAUCGCAUGAAGAAAUCAGUUGAAGCAGUGAAGAGAUGGGUAGCAAGCAUCCAGAGCACAUCAGUGGAUGAGAUAGAAAAUGGGGAUUUAACUAUCAUUCGUGGUGAUGAACAUAUGGAAGUGGUGUAUCCGAGCAGUCCAGCACGAGUUCAAAUAAUCGACGACGAGGACGAUGACGAUACCGAAUUUGGUUCUUGCGAAUUAACAACAAGGAAGUGUUGUGACAGUGAUACGAUAACGACGGUUAUCGCUGGCAGGAAGAUCCAAUACACUGUCGAUUGCGAGCAAGGAUAUUUGAAGAUGAAGACCAUGGAUUCGACAGUAAAUGAUGACUCUACUGAUGAUCUCACGGCUACAAACACCUUCAGCACUGCGUCGUUCAAUUCGUUCGAUCAAAUCGAAACUCUCAAAAUUAUACGGUCCAAAGAGACUGGUGAAUUAGACUGGAUGGCCAUGAUUCAAAAUGCCCUAGAAGCAGCACCACCUCCAGAAACUUUACCAGGAUUUUUGUUGAAGAAGGAGUCUGCUGAUUAUAGGACUCUGGAUAUAAUGAAGCUCCAUGAACAUGCUAAUCAUUUUGUUCGUGAAACCGACGAAGACGGAGAGUUUCUGGAUCAACGUAAGGAGAUGCGUGAAAAGAUCAAACCGUUCCAACGUGUCGACUAUUUUGAAAGGAGGAGAAAUGCAAGAUUCGAGAAGAUCAAUAGUUCGACACCGCUUGAAAUGCCUAGGCCUGGGCCAGGAACCCUUGAUCAACUUCCUGCCUAUGGGAUUUGGAUCCAUCAGGUGUCGGUAUAUGCUGAGUUGGAGAAAAAACGGUUGAUGGCCUUGAAACCUGUGGAUAAUAUCGGCCGAUGUCGUGCAGCACGUUCUGAGAUGAUUCGCGGUUUCUCAAUUCCUAGCAAACAGAGGAAAAGAUCUGCAUCAGCGGUGUAUUGGUUAGGCCGUACAAUGCGUGAACAUUUUGGGGAAUAUAUCGAGUUAGGGAUGUCCAGACUGGAAUACGAGAAAACACAGUCGGGUAAAGAAAAAAGCGAUUCACGAGGAUUCGGCUCAGAUGAUGUGAUAACUGACUACUUCAUCAGCAGAAACAAUACUCCGACAACAUUAGUUGAUCCAUCAGAAUUAGCCGAAAAUCCAUAUUCAUAUUUCCGGCCGACAAAUCUCUCGAGGAAGCGUCAUCCAUCACCGUUGUUGUUGGAAAGUUCGCUAGUUAAGCGUUUUCCUGAAUAUCCUGUGUUUGCUCCGUUGGGAGUGGCAGUGGAUGAGCCUGAAACGCUGUACCCGCCUAUGGAUCCAAAUCUACUAACAAGUGAUGAUGACGACGACGACUAG